AUGGCUCAGGCGUCUCUCGUGGAGGUCCGCUGGCCGCACCCGUCAGCCAGCCCUUCAAGAGGCAUCUCUUUGCGCCUUUGCGGCCUGGCUCAGCAUGCGGCCAGUGCCGUUGCCCUCUCGGCUGCCGCCGCAGCCGCAGCCGCUAUUGCAGCCACAGUGCUUUGCACAGUGGCCUUGGCAGCUGCACCCACCGCCGUGGCGGCACUAGCUUGGUGCUGGAGACACCGACACAAAGGCGUGCAGGCCACCAUUGUCUAUGGAAUUCCGACCGACAUCAGCGGAUUUCGGCAGUACAAGGGGGCCUUGCUGAUGAUCCCAGAGGAGAGUAUCCUGACAGACAACUGA